GAAUUUUUCGAAAAAUUAAGCGAUGCGGGACGCCUUUUGUCGGAUGUCCACCAUACACUCAGUGUAUCUAGAAAGGAGCUUGCCAUACUAAACUUGAAUAAGGAAUGGAAAGAGACUCUAAUUGAUUCUCCUGUUGAUGAAUGGCUCUUCGGGGAGGAUUUGGAAGAAAGAUUAAAAGCUGCAAAGAGUCUACAGUUUUCAUCCAAGCAAUUGAAAAUAGUUAAAGCGCCACAGCCAAAGAAAACUAUUUCAAAAAAUACUUUAAACUACAGAAGUCCAUCCAGUUAUCAACGGGGAGCCAAACUAGGUGGACGAUAUCGCCAAGAUCCCAGCAAUCAGAAUCCCAGCAAUCCGGGUUCCAGCAAGCAGUACAACUCUCGGUACAAUUGCCAGGGGGAAUAUCCUCGACUGGGUCAAUACAAGAAUACGAAGAAAUACCGCAAGUAUUAGAGAAUUCCACAUCCGCUAUCGGAACACAUUUCCCUGAUGGCAGGUCGAUUAUCCGGGAAGCGCUUAAGCUAGGCAAAGUGCCAACCGACUCCUUGGAGAUUUGCAUCGCCUCAAUCUCAGAGUCUACCUUAAAGCAAUAUAGUUCGGGUUUAAAACUAUGGUGGGAGUAUUGCUCUACCAAGAAAGCAGAUCCCUAUUCGGUUUCAGUAGUAACCGUCUUAGAGUUUCUAACCUAUCAUUUUAAGAAAGGAGCAUCUUAUAGUUCUUUAAAUACUUAUCGGUCUGCUAUAGCUCAAGUAGCGGGGCGAGAGUUGGCACAGAAUUACAGGAUUCAGAAAUUUUUCAAAGGAGUCUAUAUGCUUAGAUCAAGUUUACCGAAAUAUCAAAAUACUUGGGAUCCAGCAGUAGUUUUAAAUUUUCUAAGGGAAUGGAAAAACAAAGAUAUCACUUUGAGGAAAUUGAACCAAAAACUUGUAACCCUUUUAGCAUUGGCCACAGGUCAACGUCUUCAAACUUUAGCCCUUAUAGAAAUCACGCACAUUUAUAAAUCAGAGAUCGAAAUAAAUAUAGCGGUGCCCCAAAGAAUUAAGACCUCUGGUAAAGAUCGAUCCCAGCCAUUUUUCCACCUUCCUUUUUUAAACUCGGAUCCGGAAGUUUGUGUGGCUAGGGUAAUCCUUACCUAUCUAGAAAAAACAGAAAAUCUAAGGGGUUCUGAAACAAGUUUAAUUCUAACCAGCAAAAUGCCUUACCGUAAAGCAUCUACGCAGACCUUAAGUCGCUGGAUUAAGAUUAUUUUAGAAGAAAGUGGCAUUGACGUACACAAAUUUUCUGCGCACAGUACCAGGCAUGCGGCGACGUCUGCUGCAAAAAGAAAAGGGCUAAAUAUGGACUCAAUUCGUCUUUCCGCGGGUUGGUCUAGAGACUCUAGGAUGUUUGCUCAAGUAUAUAAUAGGCCACUAUUGUCAGAUCAAACAUUUGCAGAAGCUGUACUUACAUGUUAGAUAUUAAAUUUUUUUUCUGAAAGAUGAUGUUACUUACAGGGUUAUAAUUACAUAUAUUACUUACUUACUAUUAACUAACACCAUUAUUAC